AUGUCGAGCACCGACGCCACCAAGCCCGCCGAGGCUGGCAAGCCCGAGGAGACCAAGCCAGUCACCUCGGAUGCCGUCUUCUCCAUGUUCGGAGGCGGCGCAAAGAAGGAGAAGAAGGAGGAGGAGGAUCGUGGAGAUGUUUCCGGCAGCGCCAAGGCCCAGCGUGAAGCUGCCGCCGCCGCCGCUGCCGCUGCCGGUGACGAUGAUGACCAACCCCCCGAGUCCGAGGACGUCCACUUCGAGCCCGUCAUUCGCCUUACGGAGAAGGUCGAGGUCAAGACAAACGAGGAGUCAGAAGAGCAACUUUUCAAGAUGCGCGCGAAAUUGUUCAAGUUUGUCAGGGACACAAGCGAGUGGAAGGAGCGCGGCACUGGCGACGUCCGGCUGCUGAAGCACCGUGAGAACGGCAAGACUCGUCUGGUCAUGCGCCGUGACAAGACCCUCAAGGUCUGCGCCAACCACUACAUCGUUCCUGAGAUGAAGCUUUCGCCCAACGUUGGCUCUGACAGGAGCUGGGUGUGGAAUGCUGCCGCCGAUGUCAGCGAGGGUGAGCCCGAGGCUGUGACCCUGGCCAUCCGCUUUGCCAACUCUGAAAACGCCAAUUCCUUCAAGGAUGCUUUCCUCAAGGCCCAGAAGGAUAACGAGGUCUUGUUCGGGAAGUCGGAGACUGCGGCGGAGGAAAAGAAAGAGGACGCCAAGACCGAGGACAAGCCUGCAGAGGCGUCAUGA